AUGGUUAACAGAGAAGAAGAGGAGAGCGCCAAGUCGGAUGAGGAGGGAACCAAAUCGGAUGGGGAAUGCACCAAACCGGAUGAGGAAUGCACCAAAUCGGAUGGGGAAUGCACCAAAUCGGAUGAGGAAUGCACCAAAUCGGAUGAGGAAUGCACCAAAUCGGAUGAGGAAUGCACAAAAUCGGAUGAGGAAUGCACAAAAUCGGAUGAGGAAUGCACCAAAUCAGAUGAGGAAUGCACAAAAUCGGAUGAGGAAUGCACAAAAUCGGAUGAGGAAUUCACCAAAACGGAUGAGGAAUUCGCCAAACCAGAUGAGGAAAUCGCCAAACCAGAUGAGGAAAACGGAAAAAAGAAAUGCAAAGGAAGAACAAAAAAUUACACUGGGGAGUUUUUAGCCCAACCGAAUGACAGCCAAGAAAAAGAUUGUUACGAGGAGAAGGGCACUCACGAAGGUUACAGCAAGAGAAGUGCAAGCAGUGACAUGUCAGCGGACGGGCGCUUCGAAACGUCCGCCAUCGAACAUUGGGGUGGAAAAAAAGGAAGCCUUGCUUAUGAAGGGGGAGAAGAUGAGCAGGAGGAGCUCAGCGGCGCGGACAGAGAGGGAAAUCGAAAAGCGAACGGUCAUAUCCCCUGCGUGGAAAUUAAGGUCCAGCCAAAGGGUGAAAACACGUCUUCACCCGUGAGGGGAUGCGGCAGCUGGGGGCAUUUCCAUCCGGGGGGAAGUUGCGCAGGGGAAGGGGCAGUGGAAGGAGCAGUGGAAGGAGCAGGAAACGAAGCAUGGAACGAAGUAACCGCGGCAGGCGGAACGGGCCAAAUGGGCCACCAAGGCCAAGCAACUCCAGCAACCCAAGCAACCCUAGUAGCCCCAAAGCGGAGCAACCGCCAAGGGGUCGAAGGGGAUGAAAAAUCAAGCGCCAAUUUCACGUGCACGAGGGAGCACGUGGACCUGGGGAACGACCAGCAGAGCAGAGAAAGUGGCCGCAUGCGUAAUCGAGCGAAGGAGAAGGAGUGGUAUUGCAAAAUUGGUACCAACCCAACAGUCAGCACGAUCCGAGCGGGGGCCAUAUGCGGGAAUGGCUCAAAUAAUGCUUCCUGUAAAGUUGCCGGCGACUUUCGCGCAUGCAAGGAGGGAACUGAAAAAAGGAAAGAGGAAAUGAGCGGCGGAGGGGAGGAGCAAGGAGAAAUUAUGCGCGAAGGGGGAAACGAGAGGAGAGGCGAGGCCAGAAGCGGGGCCAGAAGUGAGGCCAUAAGCGAGGUCAGAAGUGGGGCCAUAAGCGAGGUCAGAAGUGGGGCCAUAAGCGAGGUCAGAAGUGGGGCUAUAAGCGAGGCCAGAAGCGAGGCCAGAAGUGAAGCCAGAAGUGAAGGCAGAAGUGAAGUUUUAAGCGGUGCCAGAAGCGGAACCCUGGGGAAACCCCCAAGCACCGACCAAAGCGUUGGCGCAAUCAGCGAUUUGGGCCAUGCGAGCAGUAAAUACACACAAAGUGCAUUUGGGAAAAAUUCUGACGCACCAAAUGACGGUUAUCACUUAGCAAAUGGGGAAAUAAGUCAGAACGAUAUAAUUUUAAAAAAAAAAAAAAUUACCCAAGAAGGUGCAUUAAGAAGUACACAGCCAAGUGCACCAAUAGGUACACCGCAAAGUGCGGAGGGUAAUUCAAAUGAUCACUCCCCUGUUAACAGAAGGGCCAACUAUAAAAUUGGCAAAAAUGUUUUGUUAAAAGGAGCAGCCACUUCCGAACGGGGCAGUGGCGACAGUAGAGGUAGUAGUGAAAAUGGUGGAAAUGGAGAAAAGGGUGGAAAUGGUGAAAAGGGGGACAGCACCCUGCUCCCCGGUGACUUAGAAGAACACGCCCCCAUUUUUGGCGAGCAGAAUUGCGCAAGAGGCACCCUGAUGGGUAGCGACGAAAAGUGUAUAAGUGCACGGGUCAGUGGAAAGCCGGAUGAAAAGUCGGAUGCAAAGUCGGGUGCAAAGUUAGGUGCAAACUCGGGUGCAAGGGCGCAUGCAGAGGCGCAUGCACAAUUGGGUGGAGCAUCUGACGGAUCAGCUGCUGAAGUAGCUGAUGAAGUAUCUGCUGAAGUAUCUGACGAAGUAUCUGAUGAAGUAUCUUCUGAAGUAUCUGACGGAGCAUCUGAUGAAGUAUAUGGUGAAGCAUCUGGUGAAGCAUCUGACGGAGCAUCUGACGGAGCAUUUGACGGAGCAUUUGACGGAGCAUCUGGUGAAGUACCUGAUGCUGCGCCCGAUGCACACCUCGACGAGCAGUCGAAUCCUCAGCCCGAUCAAAGCCGAAGGAGAAAAGGAACAAAUUUCAGCGAAAAAGAAAAAAAAAAAAAAAAAAAACAUUUUUUAAACAUCGGCAGGGGGAGUAACACAAGAGGGAGAAGAACAAACUUAUCCAUUGAGCAUCAUCACCAUUACCAGUCGUGUUUUCACCCCAAGGGAAAUUUUGCAACGCCAAGUACAGCCAAAUAUGGUAGCCCGCGAGAUGAAAAGGUUAGUCCGCACUUUGGUACCCCUACACAGAAGAAGGAUAAUGUGAAUAAGAAUGGCCAGGAUGAACCGGAGGAAGAAAAACUGCUUGUUCAGCAUUCUGAAAAGAGAAAAACAGCUAAAAAGAAUUGCAAAAUGGACAGUAGCGACUUGAUUGAGUUAGUUAUGAGGUCGCACGGCAGCAGUUUGCAUGGUAGUCAAUUGCAUAGCAGCAGAUCGCAUGGUAGUCAAUUGCAUAGCAGCAGUUUGCAUAUUAGCAGUUUGCAUGGUAGCCCAUCGCAUGGUAGCCAAUUGCAUAGCAGCAGAUCGCAUGGCAGCCAAUCGCAUGGUAGCCAAUCGCCAACAGUGAUGAGUGGGGAAGAAUCCGAGGCCAAUGAGGAAGUGUGCGCCGUUGUAAAUCAUCCCAGAAGCAGGGGCUCUUACGUUCCUAAGCAAGAACGGAAGCCUGCACAUGCUGAGGGGCAAAGUGGCGCAGAAAAGGAACCCCCAAGUGGGAGGUUAUUCCCUGAAGGGGCAUUCCCCCAUGAGGAGGCAAAGCAUGGAGGAAACAAAUUUGUGAGUAGCAAGACGAAUGAGCUGUCAAAUGGAAAGGACAAUAUCUCCGAGGGUGUUCAUAAUGUUGAAAAGGCCCUUUUCGAGGUGCCCAAUUUGAGGAGCAGUGCGCAUGGCGAGAAGGAAAGCGUCAUGCCGAUGAGAUUGACGUCCCAGGUGGGCACCCCCCAGCAGGUGAGUCGAGUGACGAGGAUGAGCAGUUUGAAGAGGGCGCAGGAAAACAAAGGGAGAGACUUCGCUAAGUUCGCUAAGAGUAAUGAUGAGCAUUCAGUAGUAGGGAGAAUUCCAAAGGGGGGUGUCAGCCCCAAGGGAAGGAACCCUCCGGAGAAGGCGUCAUCAGAAGGUGGCAGUGGGGAUGAUCAUUACGAUCGCCAUGACGGUGGAGUGCCCAAUGGGACCGCGGUCAAGGGGGGCUUCCCCUCGUCGUGCGUGCGAAGCAGUGAGCCAAGAUGGAAAGAAGGCUCUGCAGUUAAUGGACACACGUGCGAUGGGAACAUUAAGAGUGAAAGAAGCGAUGACUAUGAAUACCAAAGUGGGGGAAGGUUCCCUGGGGAAGGAGCAACCCCUCUGGAAAAGGAAGGAGGAAAAGAGCACCCCAAGUUUUACAAUGGCAUUUGUGAACCUUCGAGCGAAAGUCACAGGAUAAAUAAUAACUGCCUCGAGACGGCCGCUAGCAGGAGGGAGGACUACUACAACCAGGGUGUGCGGAACGAGUACGGCCUCAGGGAGAAUAGGCAGAGCAGUUCCAGCCAGCUAACUGAGCUGAGUCGGCCAAUUGGGCCAUAUCAGCUGCGCCAGCCAAAUCGGCCAAGUGGACGAAGUGAUGCCCCUCCCGUGGACGUGAAGAGCAACUGCGCCAGGGGACAGGAGCCGAGGGCGGCAACGAAUGGAAGAAACUACCUGAACAAGUCAGAAAUUAAAAUUGAAGAUUUCAAUCUGCACAAUGACAUGCAAAGAAGGAGCAUGAACAGGGAGAGCAGCACUCUGGAUGAUGAACUGCACCAGUGGAAGAUGGAAGGAGGUGGAGGUUACGCGCAUGGCGAGGGGAUGAACCUCCAAGGUGGGUCGAAUGACGACAAGAAGGGAAAAAAUAUGUUCGUAGUGAAUGGGGGGGACACAAUUAAGGAGGUGGAAGGGACGUGGAAAAAUGAUAAGUGGGUGGACGAGUGGGGCGAAGGAAAUCGGAGGAGGGCAGAGGAGGACAAGUACAGCCGCAACGCCGAUGAGGGUGUGGGUGAUUAUGAGAAUUACCAUACCGCUGACGAAGCUGCUGUCAUAGCCGCUGACGAAGCGGUGGACGAGGAGGAAGCAAGUGAGAUGUACGAAAUCAAGAGGCAGAUCGAGUACAUCAUGCAGAACGACGAUAUUGACUUCUCCCGGAUCAUCGUGAAGCCGAGCAAGAACUACGUCAAAAUAAAUUUAUUCAUCGAUCGGUACAUAAGGGGCUACGACGAACUUCAGAACAGCGAUAUGAUGUUCUGCUUUGGGGAAUCCAGCGAAGAAGACGUGAUAAAGAGGAAGAAGAGCUCCGUGAAAGAAGGAGGUGCGGAUGGAGAUGGGAGCCAAAACGAUGGAGUAAAGAGAGUGAAAAAAAAAAAUGGAAGUUGGCCAUAUAAGAAAAAAUACAAGCCACAAAAAAAUAGAAGAAUAAAUUACGAUGCCAUUGAUACCAUGUGGCAGCCGCACUUCCAUCCACACAACAAAGAAUUUAGAGUGAGGUACAGAUACAAAGGGGGCAUGAGACUGAAAACGAUUUCGUGUAAGCACUUUGGCUACUUGCCCAGCAAAAAAAUAUCCAUUCUGUUUCUGUUCAGAUGGCUACUAUGCGGUAAGUAUAUUGCAGAGAAAACCAAAAGGUCAAGGCUAUGCAUCACAGAUAUUAAUGAUUAUAAUUUACCUGAGCUUCUCUCGAAAAGGAGAAACAGAAAUAAUGACUACAUGACUGAAGAUGAGUGGAAGGCUCUGGAAGAAAAAAAUACCAAAGAGUUUUACGAGCACAUACAUAAAAUUAAUGAUUUCUUGAUGAGCAAUUACAAAGAUGAUUCCUUUGUGAACCAGCUGAAGGUGAUCAUUAGCAGCUGUGACAAGCAGUUUAAGAAGGAGGAGGUUCUUAACAUACUUAACCAGUGCCUGCGGGAUAAGCUGAACAGCGAGCGGCGCAGGGAGGCUCUCAUGCGGGGCGACGGCGGGGAAGGCGGCGAGGUUGGCAGGGUAAGCGGCGAGGUUGGCGGCGAUGGCGGUGAUGGCGGUGAUGGCGGCGAGGUGGGCAGGGUAAGCGGCGAGGUCGGCAGGGUCGGCGGCGAGGUUGACGCGUCGCUGGGUAGUUCUCUGGGCAGCUCGCUUAGCGGCAAGAUAAGCAGCACAGUUGGCGGCACAGUUGGCGGCACACUCGACGGCAAGAUAAGCAGCACACACAGCGGCCGAAGAGACCAAAGCCGUGAGCCGAGGCAGGGACCGUUGCCUCUCUCGGGCGGCCCCCCGCUGAACAGCAAAAAGAGGAAGCUGCCAUUCAACCCAGGCGCCGACCCGUGCUCCAAGGAGAGCAUGGACGGGGGAAGCAUCCACCAUAGUAGCAGCGGGAGCAGUAAAGGGGGCAGCCAGGGGGGCAGUCAGGAAAGCUUCCACGGGAGCAGUCAGGGAAGUAUCCACGGAAGCAGCCACGGUACCAUCCACGGAGGCAACCACGGAGGCAGCCACAGCAGCAGUAGCAGCGUUGGCGACAGCAUGGGGAAGGCCAUCUUUGCCAGCAACAAGAGGAUGAAGGACUCCUCUUUCGGAAGAGCCAACGGCGGUAGUGAAGGGGCCAAGGGGGAUAAAGCACAGGUGGGGAAGAAGGACGAAAAUGAUGCCAUGUGGAGGGGAGGAUACAACAGACAAAAUGGAGCCCAUGCAGAGAAAGGAAAGGGGGAUUCACCCUACCAUAUGGGGGUCAACAACAUUGGGAUGAACUACCUGCCCUUCCAGUGUGCCGAACCGGAAUUGAGCGAUGAAGCAGGAGGAAGGAGCGAUCGCGCCAGAAAUAGGAACCCAGAAGUGUGUAACGACAGAAUGGUAAUAGUCGAUCACGGGGUGCAUGUUGGCCACGUGGGGAGUUUAUGCGAUGGGUGUGACGGGGUGCGCGGAAGGGGCGAAAGUUUGGGGGCGAACGGGGGCGUCGCCCAGGAUGGAGGAAGUGGGCAGAUGGGAAGUGGGCAGAUGGGAAGUGGGCAGAUGAGAAGUGGGCAGAUGAGAAGUGACCAUAUCAGAGGUGAACUGAUCGAAAGCGGGCGUGCCCGCCGUGGGUCCAGCGGAGGGGAGCCCCCUCGCUCGCAUCCCCCGGGCGGCAACCACCUUGCCAGUUACCCAUCCUACGCAGACCUGGAGAAGCUUUCCAACACGGAAGAAAUAAGGGAAUAUUACAAUUCGCUCAUAGAACUGAAGAAGUCCCUGUACGUCAGAAGUCCACAGGGAGACAUGGAUGACGAGGUGAGCUACUCAAAUAUUAACGACCAUUUUAUGGAGCUUCUAAAUAAGGAGUCCCGCAGGAGCAGUAGCAGCAGUAGUAGUAGGCAGAAGAGAAACUCCAACGAUUCGCUGGAUGGUGAAGAUACUACAGAGUAUGACAAGUUUUUGUUCGCCAUUUAUUAUGCCAACCGUGAGAAUGCCGCAGCGGUGGGUUCAGCCAGGGGAGGAUCAGCAGGAUCAGCAGCGGGAGGAGCAGUAGCAGCAGCGGCAGGAGGAGGAGCAGCCGGGGGGAUGUCUCCCCUUGGUGAAGGCACAGCAACCCCUGGCAAGAAGGCCCUACCUCCCCCCACGUACGAUGAACGGAAUACCCCAGCUGAGCGGAUGCAGAAGAGCGAUUUUAGCAUGGACCAAAGAAACCAAGAAAUGUUGGUAGCGAAAUCUAGCGGUUCCUCUCUGCAGCAUGAAAGUAAUUUCCAAAAUGGCUACCCCAAUUUGAGCGACAUGAAUAGCUCUAAGAAGAUAAGUAACGUGUCGACUUGCCCCAGUUUGGGGGUCAGUAGCUACUGCGUGGGGAGCCACACACAGGGGGAAAAGAAAAGCGUGUUGUCUUGUUCCGUGUCCAAUGAGAGGAAUAAAAUUGGCAAAGACGUCACCAGCGAGGAGAAGUCCGACUGUGUGAAGGAGCAGUUGAAGAGGAAAUCGUUGAACAUGGUCGAGGCGAGGGAGCUGUUUAACUCGUGCGCAGAGAAGUACUCGCAGUUGAUUUUUUCGGAGAGGAACGUAUUUUCGAGGCACGCGCGGGGGGACGGCCAAGAGGAGGGGCACCGCCUGGCGGGAAGUCCCAGCGGAGCGGCAUGCGGAAGUGCAGGGGGAGCGACAUGCGGAAGUGCCAGCGGAAGUGCAGAAGGUACCUCAAACGGAAGUGCAAACGGAACCGCGUCCGAUAAGCCCCGAAAAGGUUGCAGCCACGGGUGCGCGGAUGACAACGAGCCCAGCCACCCUCCUGCGCGGGAAAAAAUCGCCCUAGAAAAUGAAAAAUGCGUGAGGUGCACCGACGGUCGUGCCGAACAGCGUGCACACCAGAAGAAUCAGCGAGAGUUUUUGUUCUUCCCCUCGCAAAGUGGUAAUUCGGGGAAAGAUGCCUCCUCCAGAAGUAAAAAUGAGCCAACCAGCGAAGGGGAGCAGGCAGAACGAGAAGCGAAAUUGGAAGCGGAUCCACUUGACAGUUUAAAAAAUGGCAACGCUAUUGGAGGUGAAAACAUGAAGGAUACAAUUGACAUUCUGGUGAAGAGCAAGUACCUGCGCAAGCCCCAAUACGACUACUCCCUCAGCAGCAACGUCGAGUGCUCCCACGAGCGCGGCAGAAGUAACUCCCGCUGUUUGUAUUGCGCCUGUAUGGCUGGCCUGGGUUACAACCGCAGUGUGGAAGGUGCGCUGAAAGGAGGUGACCCACAGGAUGGGUACCUCCCCCGGGGCGAGGAGGGCGUGGAGAGGCACCACCUCCACCCCUGCGAAGGAGAAGGAAGCAACCCGCGCAGUUCGUCAUGCCAUUACAGCAGCAAGUGCGGCAUCUGUAGCAGCUGUAGCAGCUGCAGCAACUGUAGGAACUGCAACAGCUGUAGCAACUUCAUCAACUGCAGCAACUGCAGCUACUGUAGCUUUUACAGUAAAUUGCUGCAGGCGUUAAGGGAUAAUAAGCGUGCCGAAAGGGGCAACACAUAUGGGAUGAACAAGGAGUGCGAAUGUGCAGGUAGGCACAUGAGGAGGCAUUUCGGCAACAGUGAGGGUACCAGUUUUACGAGGGACGACUGCAGUGAGGAGAUGUUCACACCCCAAGCGAGUGCUGGCAACAACAUGCCCCCCGUCGAGCUAUGCAAUCGUAUUUUUAACUAUAUGAUGCAAAAGGUAGGAAGCGAAUGGGUCGACCGUGGCAGCGCGAAGGACAUGUCCAUUCGAAGUGAACAACGUCUUGGAGAAAUGGAAGACGGCGCGAAGCAAAGAGCGAUGGCUGAUGCCAUGUGGAAUGGUAGAACCAGCUGGAGGAGCAAGAGAGAAAUGAUGAAUGCCUUUUUGCAAGAACUGUUUAGUUCCUUUCCGAAGGACGACCAGGAUGUGCAUGGUGGCACUACACACUACAGUGCAAUGCAGUGUAAGGACAGCUUGCCGGAGUACGCCGAAGGGAUGUGGGGAGGAGGGGCUCAGGAUGAAGAAAAUGAAAGGGGAGAGUUCGCCGACUACACUGGGGAGAGCAUCCCAGGGUAUCAUCACCGCAACUGUGGGCGCCCCUACGAAGGUAUGAGGAACUUCCCCCACAGUGUCGCCUCGAAGGACGAAUUUGAGAGGAGGCCUCCCCGGCUGAACGUGCCAUACGUCCAAAGAAACCUACAAAGGCAGAAAGAGAGCAACCAGUUCGCCAGGAAAUCACCAACGAACGGAAUGCUCCCCCUUGGUGAAAAACAAACCGACUUCAUAAUGAAUAAAGAUAACUUUGAGUUAAUUACCAACUUUAUUAACGACGUUAAGGUGAAGGGCUACAGCGCGUGCGAGGAAGUGAAGGACCACCGGACCUUCCACGACCGGGGGAACAGCAUCACGGACCAUUUUCUGCCUCAGCGGGGUGGCAAUCAGGGCGGCAGUCAGGGCAGCAGUCGGAGCAGCCAGCACAGCAGCGGGCAGGUGGCCCCGAAGAAGAAGGAGCAUAACGGGCCCGAUGGUGAAGGUGAUAAUUCCGAAGAAAGCGAAAAGGCAGGCGACGGCGAAGGGGAAGGCGACGGCGAAGGCGAAAGCGAAGGCGAAAGCGGAGGCGAAAGUCAAAACGGCGCCUCAACCGUUUAUAGGCGAAAAACCCUAAAUGAGAAAAGAUUUAAAGAAAAAAGCCGCGGCAACUUGAACGGCAUGUUGCUCGCCGACUCGAUAAAUAAUAACGCGUGA